CUUUCUUCAUUCACUUCAUUCUCUCUCUCUCUCUCUCUCUCACUGCUACUACUACUCCCAUGAAUGUGCAACUUCUCUUCCACCGACACGUGUCUAUAUAUGUGUGAGUGUUUAUAUCCUUUCUUUUUUCCUUUCAUUUCACACUUCUCAAACUAAAUUUUCAUUUUCAUUUCACUCAUCUUAUUCGGUUGCUGUAUCUUUCAUCAUCCCAAUCAAUCUCAAUUUCUUUUUCUUUGCCUAAUUAUCUCUCUUAAUCUCUUAUUUCUUUCCACAAAUCUCAUCCAAAUUUUGAGUUUAAAAGGUUGGUUUUUUCUUUUGUUCUGUUCUGUUGCGGUACUAUAAAAAAUUCUCUGUUUUUUUCCUUAAUUCAGAGUUUUCUUAAUAACCAAGUUUCCAUCUUUAUCAUGAUCAUGCAACUGGGUUUUGUUUAUUAAUCUCUCAAACCAAAAGGGUUUUGUUUUCUUAACACAACCAAACCAAUAUGUCACAAAUGUCACAAUCCAAACGCAUGUUUUUCACUUUGUUCUUAAACACAUCUUUCCUUUUGUUGUUUUGUGUUUUUCUUGUUCUUCACUUUCAAUCCUAUGAACAUGUUUUUCUCAGAAACAAAACCAACAAUAAUAACAGAAACUUUGUCUCUGGUGUCACUGAUGAUGAGGAUUGUAAAAGUUUUCAUAGCUUAAGUGAUUAUAAAGCUAAGUGCUUUUACCUUAAAUCAAACAACCCUUGUGUCACACAAGGCUAUGUUGAUUACCUUUACAUUUUCUAUUGCAAAAUUGGAAAUUUCCCUUUAUUGGGUCAUACCCUUUUGUUUCUAUGGUUAUUGGUUCUCUUCUAUCUUUUAGCUAAUACAGCUUCUGAGUAUUUUUGUCCUUCUCUUGAUAAUCUCUCCAAAGUUUUGAGGCUUUCACCAACUAUUGCUGGUGUCACUCUUCUCUCUCUUGGUAAUGGUGCUAAUGAUGUUUUUGCCACGCUUGUUUCUUUCAAAGGUAAUGGGACACAAGGCAUUGGAUUCAACACUGUUCUUGGUGGUGCUUCUUUUAUUUCAUGUGUUGUUGUGGGAAUUAUAAGUAUUUCAGUUAGACAUAGAGAGAUUCGUGUUCAAAAAUCUGCUUUGAUAAGAGAUGUUUGUUUUCUUCUGUUUGUUCUUGUUUGUUUGUUCAGUGUCUUCAUCAAUGGUGAAAUCAAUGUUGUUGUGGCAGUUGGUUUUUGUUUGAUGUAUGUGGUUUAUGUUGCUAUUGUUUAUGUCACAUCUAGCAAAAGAAAAGGUGUUUGUGAUGAAGAUGAUGUUGAUUAUGGUGAUUCAAGAAUUCAUGGCAAUGGCAAUGAUUUAGAUGUUCCUCUACUUGGUUUUAUGGAGAAGGGAAUGGUUCAGGUACAUAGCAAUUCAAAUGGACUUCAAGAAUGUGAGUUCAAAAUUGAGAAGAAUAUUUCUUGCUGUGAAAAAUCUUCAAUAUUUAGAAUGUUACUUUAUGUUUUGGAUAUGCCUCUUUACUUGCCUAGGAGAUUAACAAUUCCUGUUGUUUGUGAAGAAAAAUGGUCUAAAGCAUAUGCAGUUUCUUCAGCUAUACUUUCACCACUUUUAUUAGCUUUCCUUUGGAUUCCAUACAAGGAAAACAGUUUCUCCAAUUCAUCAAGCCUAAUAGUUUAUGGAAUUGGGUUACUGGUUGGAAUUAUAUUGGGAGUAACAGCAAUUUUCACAACUGAGGCAUCAAAUCCUCCAAGAAAAUUCUUGUUGCCAUGGCUAGCUGCAGGGUUUAUGAUGAGUGUGACAUGGAGUUACAUUUCAGCUCAAGAGUUAGUAGGGUUGUUAGUUUCACUUGGUUUCAUAUGUGGUGUUAAUCCUUCAAUACUUGGAUUAACAGUACUUGCUUGGGGGAAUUCAAUUGGUGAUUUAGUAACUAAUUUGACAAUGGCUUUAAAUGGUGGGCCAGAGGGGGCUCAAAUAGCAAUUUCAGGUUGUUAUGCUGGUCCUAUCUUCAAUACAGUUGUUGGAUUGGGAUUAUCUCUUGUUACAUCUACUUGGAGUGAGUACCCUUCAUCUAUUGUGAUUCCUAGAGAUCCAUAUUUGUGGGAGACAUUGGCUUUUUUGGUUGUUGGAUUGAUUUGGGCACUUGUUGUUUUGAUUAGAAGAGAUAUGAAGCUUGAUGGAAUGUUAGGUGGAGGACUUUUAGCUAUUUACUUCAUUUCUCUUAUUCUUAGGCUUACUCAAACACUUGGUUCUCUUCAAUUUAAGGAUAUAUUAGUGUGACUCUUCAAUAGAUAAUAAGAAUUAUCUAUUACCAACUGACAUAGUUUGUGUAUAUGAAUGAAUUAUGUUUAUGGAACUAUAUGAUAUAGAUAGGAGUUAUUUCUUAGGGCCUAGUAGAGGUAUACAAGUACUAGCAUAACUUCCACUUCAACUUGUACCUAUCUUUCCUUUGCUAAUACCAUUAUUACUAAGAUAUUUUACUGAUGCAUCAA